AUGAGGAUGGCGGGGCUGCCGUGGAAGUGGCCGCGCACCCGCCUGCCCGUGGGCGCCAGCGCCCUGGGCGUCUUCGUCCUCUGCUGGCUCUACGUCUUCCCCGUGUACCGGCUGCCCGACGAGAAGGAGAUCGUGCAGGGGGUGCUGCUGCAGCAGGGCAAGGCGUGGAGGAGGAACCAGACUGCGGUCGCCCUGUUCAGGAAGCUGCUGGAAGAAUGCUGUGACCCCGGGCAGCUCUUUGCCAUGACAAAGCUGAACUCCCCGAUGGGAAAGAACCUCUGGUUCGACGGGGAAUUUUUAUAUUCUGUCACAAUCGACAAUGCAACUUACUCUCUCUUCCCACAGGCUACUCCUUUCCAGCUGCCAUUGAAGAAAUGCUCCGUGGUGGGAAACGGUGGGAUCCUGAAAAAGAGCGGCUGCGGCAAACAAAUAGAUCAAGCAGAUUUUGUCAUGCGGUGCAACCUUCCUCCUCUAUCCAGUGAAUACAGCAAGGACGUUGGAUCAAAAACCCAGCUGGUGACUGCAAAUCCAAGUAUAAUUCAGAAAAGGUUCCAGAAUCUGCUGUGGUCUCGAAAGGCGUUUGUGGACAGCGUGAAGGUGUAUAACCACAGCUACAUCUACAUGCCAGCCUUCUCCAUGAAGACAGGGACAGGACCCUCCCUACGUGUCUAUUACACCCUGGCGGACUUCAGUGCCAAGCAGACGGUUCUUUUUGCCAACCCCAAUUUCCUGCGUGACAUUGGCAAGUUCUGGAAGAGCAAAGGUAUCCAUGGCAAACGGCUUUCCACGGGACUCUUCCUAGUCAGUGCCGCCCUUGGUCUGUGUGAAGAAGUAACAAUUUAUGGCUUCUGGCCGUUCUCGGUGGACCUGCACGGGAGGUUUAUUAGCCAUCAUUACUAUGACAAUGUCUUGCCUGAUUCUGGAUUCCACGCCAUGCCGGAGGAAUUUCUACAGCUUUGGUUUCUUCAUAAAAGUGGUGUACUGAGAAUGCAGCUAGAACCAUGUGAGGACCCUUUAAUCCAGCCUUCUGCCUGAGGAUUGUAGGAGUCGGUUUGGAAGAUCCAAUAGUUUUUUAAUUUCCGUGCUCUCCAACAGAGAGUUCUGUUUUAUGUUGAUUGUUUUUAAAGGGAAAGUAAUUGCAGAUCUGCAUGGACCAUAAAAAUGUUACUUGAAGGCCAAAUGGAAUAUGUCCUUAAUGUUUAGUGCUUUAUGGAACUGGGAUGGGACGAAGUGUGUCUUUCCAUCGAGUCCAUUCAGCAGCAGUGUGAAAACGAUGUCAGAAGUAGCACAGCUGAACUUUCCGGGGACGUUUUUAAAUGACCGAUGUAGAAAGGGCAUUAAGGCUCGGGGAGACACAGGGCCACUCACAAGCUUUUGCUGACAGUGCCAAAUAUGACUGUCUGUUCAAAAAUCCAUUUCAUUCCAGAUCGGCAUCCUGUUUAACUUACCUUUUUCCUUUUUUUCCCCGCCUCUGUUUUUGUGUGUGUGUGUGUGUGUGAGAGAGAGAGCAUGUGUGUUGUUGACUUUCUUUGUUUCUUUUCCCUUUUUUGUCCUUUUUUUCUUUUUUUUUUGUUUUCCCAAUGGAAGGAAAAGGAAAGGCUUAAAAGCCCCAAGAGCUGAGGACCACCGGCUCCUCUGAAGACUCUUGGGAGAGUGAAAGUGCUAAGAAUCUAGUGAGAAGAACGUCCUAGGAAUGCCCUGCUAGUGGGCAUGGAUAGACCUACUUGUUGUAGGUUUUAUCAGGAUAGUUUAGUUCAUUGCACUUACAGCUGUGCUAAUGUUGUACUGUGGGCAAGAGCUGGAUAAGGCAAAUUGGUCUGAAAAUAAGAUGUGUUACAAAACCAGUAGUGAAGUGCAGCCUGGUUUCAGAUGACCUGCUGCAAGAUUUCCACACUGACUUUUGUAGUAGGGAUGGUUCCUGACCUGUUUUACUGUCCAGCCUUAGGGAUUAAUUCUGUAUUCAUUUGCACUCCAGGUGUUUAUUGACUGUCGAGGGGAUUUGAGGGGUUCAGUGGAAUGCAGAAUGAGGUUCUUCAUUUGCUUACAGCAGGAAAAUUGCAGAAAUGAAUGUAAGUGUCAUUUAAAAUGAGUCGAAGCUUUGAAAAUUGUUUCUCUGUGUGUGACUGGCUCUUCUGCUCGGAUUGUUACGUUAGCCUUAAAGACUUGUACUUUUCGCGCAAGAUUGUCUCUGGUUAAAGAGAGUCUGAAAAAUAAAACAGCCUUUGGGAGCACUGAAAAGCUGCAUAGCCAGCAAGAAAAAAGGAGAAAAAGAGGAUGGCCUGCCCUUACAUAAGUCAGCCUCUCUCCUCGCAGUGGGUGAAUUAUGUCAGCGUGCGCAUUGCACACACACUGCUCCAGCCUGCACUGCGCCUGAAGGACUGUUUUAUUUUGGGUUGUUACUUGGGCAGCAGAUGGUCCUGUGAUCGCCAUGUAAAUGAGAAAUCUCUUUGUUUGUUUGCUUUUGUUUAGCCCUGUAGGACAAGAAGAGAAUACCAGCUCAGUCCAUGGUGCAAUUUCAGCUGCAAGGUGUUAUCACCAUUAACUUAAAAAAUCCAGAUCAGUGUUCUCUUUCUUAUCCCUCCAUCAUUAGUAGCUGAAAAUCUAGUCAAGGUGUUGAAGCAACAAAUCUCAUCAGGUUUCCUCAACAACUUACUGUGCUGUUUUAGCUCCAAAGUGCCAGUAUUUUGGGGCAUAUGUCCUGUCAUAUGUUGAUAAUGUCUCUCCUUGUAGACUACCAGCUGCAAGUUAUAUAGACAUAAUUAAAAAAAAAAA